GACUUUAUGCUAAUAUGGUCUUGUGGGGGCUGGCUGUAGCCUUUCUCCUGGUCUUUACACCUCUGAGGGCUGCACAGGGAGAAGAAGAGUCUGGUCCUAAAGACCAAGGAGUACCCCAGGGAACAGAAACAUGCCAAAGGCCCCGGUGGGAUCCAAGACUCCAGCUGGCACCAGACCACAUGAAUUACAGCAAGAAUGAAAAGGUGGUGCUGAGCUGCCCAGCGGGUCUGCAACCGUCCUUCCCUGAGGUCAAAUGUGCAAGUGAAGUCCCGUCUAUCAGUAAUGGGAAACCUGUAUACAGAGAAGUUUGGAUGGGGAGGAAUGGCACAGCUGUUUGGAUCCGCCUUCGGUCUAAUGUGGAGUGCCUUGAACUUCUCCAGGUUGUCCCUGGGACCUCGGAGGUUUCUGCCACCAGCAUCAAACUGAACUGGACCUGCAGGUUCCCUGAUGCCUGCCAGCACAUGCGGGCCAUGUGCCGUCUGGCCGGGCCUCCCUCCCCUGGCUGUGAGGCCAAGGUGGUCACUGGGGAGGAGAUGCUUCAGGGCCAGAAAGGAACGUUUUCCUGCCCGCCUCUGCAGCCCUUCACUGUCUACAGUGUCACCAUCUCCUUGCCCCCCAGCACGGUCCUGUUCACAUGGCAAUUUCGGACAGAGGAAGCAGUGCCGGACCAACCAGAGAAUCUGUCCCUGGAUCGCAGCACCGGCUUGCUCAGGUGGAACACGCUGCCCUCCUGCAAAGGGGAGAUCCUUGGAUACCAGCUGAGCAUCAUGGCCAGGAGUGCGCACGAGGGCGGCUUCCUGGAGAUCGAGCGGCUGAGGGUGAACAGCUCUGUCUCCGAGUACCUGCUGCCGGACCACCGACCCGGGCACAUAUAUGUGGUGACGGUGCAAGGCCUCACGGCCGCCGGUGCCGGCGACGCGUCACGCCAGGAAUUUCCGAGCGCUGGCUUGGAGACCGCUGCCCCUCUCAACGCCAGCUCCUGCGGCGCUCCUGACGUCUCCCCGUCUCAAGGGACGGCCGUGAUUCCUCUCUGCCCCAUCGCCCAGCCCCACGCGGCGGCGAGGGAGCACCAGCUCAUCGUUGCCGUGACCCAGGAUGCCGCUAAGGUGGCAGGCGUUUGCUCAGGGGAGCUGCAGCCCUUCAACGCCAGCCUGCCGCACCAUGCCUACGUGGCCGCGGUGCUCAACCUCACGGCCCCCACCGACUUUGUGCUGGGCGACGGGACCCGCCGACACGGUUACUACAACGCUCCCCUCCAGCCGGACGGGAACUACACGGUCCUUCUCCGCCUCGUUCGCCGCCGGCAGCAGGCAGAGAAAUUCACCUGUGUUUGCUACAGCUUCUCUGUUGGGCAAGCCUCAGCCCCAUGGCCUUGGACUGUGAUCACAGUGGUUGCUGUGCUCUUGGUGUUGGCCUUCUUGUCUGCAGGGAUCUUGUGGUUUGUGCUGUCCAGGAAAAAGAAGGCCUUGAUCAGCCAAGCCAAGGAGAACAAUUGAAAAGGCCCUCCUGUGACGGUGACCAGCAUUGGAAGCCCUCAUCCGGUUCAGCCGAGCAAGAGGAAAACAGAAGGCUAAAGAACGGCU